AUGGCAUUUGAAGUAGUAACCUUGAAGGGAGUAUUUGCAUUCUUUAUGGUUGUAUGCAUGGCAACAUCAGCUGUGCCAAGUUCAAUGCAUGUUGCGGCCACACCACAUCCUCAAUUUUCUACUGUUGGAGCACCAUCAGAUUCAGUACUGAUGGAGGAAGGUUUUUUGCCGUGCUUGGAAGCUCUUAUAGGUAUCGAAGGUUGCGAAGAGAUCUUUAAAGCAGUAUUCGGACUUCCAGUGGACGCUUCGUGCUGCCAAGUUGUUAAUCAAAUAGCCAAAAUCUGCUUGCCAAAAGAGCCGCUUUUAAAUCAUACGUUUUUGCCCGUCGCUCUUGACAACUGCAUUACAGUCCCAGCACCACCAGCCAGCAUUUGA